AUGGCUGCUCCUCAGAGCGCAUCAAACGUAACGCGCAACUUAACGAAUCAGUUCGUGCAGCCGCCGUGGCGCGUCGCGGUCUGGUCGGUCGCAUACAGCUCCGUGCUGGCCGUCGCCGUGUUCGGAAACCUCAUUGUUAUUUGGAUCAUUUUGGCCCAUAAACGGAUGCGUACCGUGACCAACUAUUUCUUGCUCAACCUGGCUUUCUCCGACGCAUCGAUGGCCGCUUUCAACACGCUCAUCAACUUCAUUUACGCGACGCACGGAGAGUGGUACUUUGGGGAAGUGUACUGCAAGUUCCACAACUUCUUUCCCGUCACCGCCGUGUUUUCCAGCAUCUAUUCCAUGACAGCUAUUGCAGUCGAUAGGUACAUGGCCAUAAUUCACCCGCUGAAGCCCAGACUGUCAGCGACAGCUACUAAAGUGGUGAUUCUCUGUAUUUGGGCACUUGCGGUGGUUUUGGCUUUCCCCUUAUGUUUCUACUCUACCACAAGAACAAUGCCUCGACGAACCGUCUGCUACGUUGCCUGGCCGAGACCUGCAGAGGAUUCAUUUAUGUAUCAUGUCAUAGUAACAGUGCUGGUGUACAUGCUGCCUCUAGUGGUAAUGGCUAUUACCUACACUAUAGUAGGGGUGACACUUUGGGGAGGAGAGAUCCCUGGAGAUUCCUCUGAUAACUACAUUGGACAACUGCGUGCCAAAAGGAAGGUGGUGAAGAUGAUGAUUGUGGUGGUGGUGACCUUUGCCCUCUGCUGGUUGCCCUAUCAUGUGUACUUCAUUGUGACUGGCCUGAACAAGCGGCUAAGCAAGUGGAAGUCGAUUCAGCAGGUUUAUCUGUCUGUUCUGUGGUUGGCCAUGAGCUCCACAAUGUACAACCCUAUUAUAUACUGCUGUCUAAAUGGCAGGUUUAGGGCAGGCUUCAAACGGGCCUUCAGGUGGUGUCCCUUCAUCCAGGUGUCGAGCUAUGAUGAACUAGAGCUCCACCCCACCCGACUCCACCCAGGCAACCAGAGCAUCUUGUGCACCCUGUCACGCAUCGAAACCAGUGUCCAUGGCGACGACCCUCGCCAUAGCAACCGAAAGAGCACUAAGUCUCCAGGUCAGAUUGAGGUCAAUGAUUAA